CGAACUAACAUUUUGUAGGUUCGAAAUGAGCGCUAUGUUUUCAACGUCGAGGUCUACGCAAGGAGGUUCUUCCUCUGGUAAUUUGGUCGAAUUCAAGGCUGGCCGCUCAUUUUUGCAACCUGCUUCCGCACCCAACAAGAAGAAGGUGGUUGCUGAUAAAACGAAAGGUCUUGUUUUCAUCAAGCAGUCUAACGAUCAGCUGAUGCAUUUUUGCUGGAAAAAUAGAGAAACUGGAGCAAUCGUGGAUGACCUCAUAAUAUUUCCCGGUGACACUGAGUUCAAGGAGGUGAAGGGCUGUCCUGACGGCAAGGUCUACAUGCUGAAGUUCAAAACCUCAGACGAGCGUCGUCUGUUUUGGAUCCAAGAUGGCAACACUGAUGCUGACAAGGACCUUUGUCAGAAGGUCAAUGAUGCUUUGAACAAACCCCCAACUACUCGUGCCUCCGCUCGUGGAGGCUCUUCGGAGCGUGCUACUGGAGGUCUGUCAACAGCUAAUUUGGCAGGUCUUGGAGGCAGCGAGGAGCUUGGUGCACUUGGAGGCCUGGACCAGCAACAACUUAUGCAACUGCUGCAGUUCAUGAACCAGGGAAGUUCUGACUCGCCUUCUUUGGUGCCGCAGAUUCCAUCCGGGAACAGUGGUGAACGUGGAUCUUCGGGUGCUCCCAAAGUAUCCGCUUCGGAACUCACACAGCUGCAAACAUUACUUGGUGGACUUAGAGCUCCUGGCACUGGAGGCAGUGAUGCGCAGGGAGCAGAGAGGCCAGUUGCUGUUGAGUUGGGAGACAUAGUCGCAGGUGGUCAAGUUGUCGAAACCGCCAAGAAUAACGCUGAUCGCCUUUUAAACCAUAUGCCAGCGGAGGACAAAUCUUCUUCGGACACCAAACAAGCGUUAGAAGACACAGUUCGUUCUCCUCAUUAUAGACAGGCUGCAAAUACAUUUGGACAUGCACUAUCAACGGGACAAAUGGCACCAGUCCUGGAGCGUUUUGGAAUCAGUGAGGAUGCCGCUCAUGCUGCUGCAACAGGAAACUUGCUGGAAUUUGCGAAAAAAUUGACAGAAGCUGAACGUGGUGAUGAAAAACCCAAAACGGAUGCUCAACCUGGUGCAAGCGCAAGCACUGAGACAGCUGCCGAAGGAGAAAAGGACGAGGUCAAGGAGCCAGAACCGAAACGUGGCAAAACAGAAGAGGACGAGAUGGAUCUUGAUUGA